AUGCAGUCCGUGCACGCGGGGAGUGCCGAAAAAAGUUCCCACCACCAAAGGGAAAACCCAGCACUGCUGGCAGAGAGAGGCCUCUGUAUUUCCCCUGCGCAAGCCAGCCAGCCCAACGGUGCAGCACCACUGCAGCGCACAAGUCCAACCCACCCAGCCCCGCUAAUCAAUUCAAAUCCCCUGCGCACCGCGAUGCCCAAGGACGCUGCGAAACCCAAGCGCAAGGCCGCCGAGAAGGCAGAGAAAGCUCCUCGCAAGUCGAAGAAGGACCCCAACGCACCCAAGCGCGCCCUCUCCGCGUACAUGUUCUUCAGCCAGGACUGGCGCGAGAGGAUCAAGACUGAAAACCCCGAUGCAGGCUUCGGCGAGGUGGGCAAGCUGCUCGGCGCGAAGUGGAAGGAGCUGGACGAGGCAGAGAAGAAGCCUUACAUCGACCAAGCUGCACGCGAUAAAGAGCGGGCCGACGAGGAGAAGGCCGCUUACGAUAACAAACAGAAGGGCGAGAGCGGCGAAGACGAUGAGGAGGACGAGUAA